CUGCACAACAUCAGACAUAAAACACACCUUCUCACUGCAGCAGCUUCAAAAUGGCUGUGUCCUUUCACUCCAGUGAGUCUGAUAUCAGCGUUGCACUUGGCGAGUAUCAGGAAUUCCCCAGACCUGAACCUGAGGAUGCUGCUGCAGAGAGGGCUCCAAAACUGAAGUUAAGACAUGUCAGUGUGGUUCUGCUGAGCUUUGGCCUGCUCUGUGUUCUUCAAGGGGUCCUCAACAUCUCCCUGAGACUUGCUCUGAGUGAGCCCACUGACAAAGGUGAGACAGAGGAAGAGAGCUGUCCACAGGACUGGCUGACGUUCGGCUCCAGCUGUUACUACAUUUCCUGGCAGGGGAAGAGCUGGGACGACAGCCGGCAGGACUGCCUGCAGAGGGACGCUGACCUGGUCAUCAUCAACAGCAUACAGGAGCAGGCCUUCCUCACCGGAUUCACAGAGGCAGCAUGGGUCGGUAUGACUGACAGGAAGAAGGAAGGGACUUGGGUCUGGGUGGAUGGAGCACCAGUGAACAAAGACGAGUUGCGGUGGGCCCUGGGGCAGCCCGAUGGAGCGUACGGCGGAGAAGACUGCGGCGACAUUCGUACAAUGAUUCAUUUCAUCGGCCUGAAUGACUACAACUGUAGUGUCAGGAACCGCUGGAUCUGUGAGAAGACGGUAGACGGACAAACAGGAUCCAUUUAUUAUUUGAAUGCUUAGACGUGGACCCACGUAGGACUGAGAAAUGUCUGGCCUAAACCCAAACCAGACACCCUCUCUGCACCUAUUUCAAAGCUGAUUGCUGUUAACAAUACUAUGAGUAAUACUGUAAUUACUGUAAACUAUAUACCUGUCAUCAAGCCCACCUUGUCAUUACAUACAACAACACAUAUUUAAUUAACCAUAUUAAUAUUGGCAUUUACACACUAAGAUACAAUGCUAGUGGAGUCCUUUUUAAUGCACAGUUCGUUAUCACUUACCUGUCAGAUGAUGUCGGUCUUCCCGGUGCAGGUGAAUUGCACUGUAUAACUCCUGCAGGUCAAAAUGUAAAGGCAUAUCAUAUACCACAUUAGCCACACCCUAAGCCCUGCUGCACUCAAUACAUAUGUUUGCAUGCAUGUCUUGAAGGUUGGCCAGGUCAGCUUUUGUUUUCUUAGUAUUGUUAUUAUGAGUUUAAUUGAAUGUUGCCCCAUUCAUAGUGACAUACUGGUGGGUACAGACGUGUUGGAGGUGUGACUUCUUCCAUGAAGGAGCCAAAUCUAUCUUCAAGAAGGAACUCCUUCAUCCACAGAUUCUACCUUCAUUUACAUUGUUUCACCCAUUCAGUCCAGUGUGUAGGAUUUAGUGGCAUCUAGCCGCAGAUUUCAACCCCCUCGCUUCACCCUCCCAAAGUGCAAACACCCCUACCAACAGCCAAUGUUUGGUUCUACCGUUGUGGGCAUUGACAUGCGUAAAGAUGGAUGACCUGACAGCUCUCCAAAAGUGGAGCCAAAACAUCUCGAUCGCCCCCUGGUGGAGAAGCAUGGCGUUUCAACACAGCAGCCUCCAUCGAAGGUGGCCCGCGGCAUCUGUAGAUAUUAAAGGCUGAUUUUAAGGUACCAAAAGCACAAAGAUUCUUAUUCUCAGGUGAUUUUAAACUAAUGAAAUCAUACCUGACAUAGAUCCUCCUAAAUGUUACAAACUGGACCUUAAAUUGAGUGCCUUUUGAAAUUAUUUUCAAAUGAAUAGAUCCAUGUAAUAUUAGCCUUGAAAUAAAACCCUGCUACUUCCCA